GGAGAGAGAGACUCUCAGUGUAUGUUGGUGUGUAGAUGUGAGUGUACCGUGAAGAAUUCUGCUGCUGGGAGACUUUUCAUUUCAUAUGAAAAACCAGUAACUUUUUCUUGUGAGUAAAACCAACACGGAGGACGAGGCGAGGAGGACAAAUGCGAAAAUGCGAGAAAAGAAAAUCCAGGAAGAGAGUGUGUGCUUAUUAAAAAUUCAGCGCGGGAGAAGAGACAUAAUCGCCUCUUCAGAUGACUUGUGGCAGCACUGAGGAGAAACUACACCACUGACGGACUACACUGUUGAAUGGGCUGAAACGAAGCGGAUUUUUCUUCCUCUGAAAGGCGAGUCCAAAGCUUUUCCAAGCGGCCAAAAAACCAAAAGGGACGGGAAGGGGAAAGGAAGGGGGGCAAAGAAAACGCCCUGCUGCUGCUGCCUGUUGCUGCUGCUGCUAUCUCCACAUUCAAACUUUAUCCCCGAGUUGGAAAAAUGCAUCUUUCACUUAACAGGAGGUGAUAAGCCGAGGGUAACAUUACUUUUUUUAGUAGCAACUAGCUCACAGAAGAAGGCCCUGCUUCACUUGGUUAAGUUUUUUGGGACGCGGGGAGUCUCUCUGCUUUGGGAAUAUUUUCUCUUCAUUGUGCACACUAUUCCUGUUUGGAGCUAUUUGGGUGGGCUGAGAGCUCAAGGCAAGCCCCCACUAUAGAGGCCCACGGCCAUUAACCAAGGGAACAAAGAGGUUUCACAUGUAAAACUAAAAAAAAAAACAGUUCGAGGAAACACCUCUUUGUAUAUUUGAGAAAACUUGUGCUGCAGUCAUGUCGCUGGGUGCAGAGAGGAGGAUGGAAACCCGGCUGAAGAAGCUGGAGGACAUGAUCAGAGACCCCAAAUGUGCCAUAAACCUGGAAAGUUUGCUGGACUCCAUCAACGCUCUGGUCUUAGACUUGGACUACCCCGCACUACGCAAGAACAAAAACAUUGAAACCUUCUUAAACAGAUAUGAGAAAGUUAUACGACAGACUCGUGACCUCCAGAUGAAGUCUGAAGACUUUGACAGAGUCAAAGUGAUUGGUCGAGGGGCGUUUGGGGAAGUCCAAUUGGUCCGGCAUAAAGCCUCUCAGAAGGUCUACGCCAUGAAGCUACUGAGCAAGUUUGAGAUGAUCAAGCGCUCAGACUCGGCUUUCUUCUGGGAGGAGAGGGACAUCAUGGCCUUUGCCAACAGUCCCUGGGUUGUGCAGUUGUGCUGUGCCUUCCAAGACGAGCACUACCUCUACAUGGUGAUGGAGUACAUGCCAGGAGGCGACCUGGUCAACCUGACCAGCACCUACGACGUGCCAGAGAAAUGGGCCAAGUUCUACACAGCAGAGGUGGUGAUGGCUCUGGAUGCCAUUCACUCCAUGGGAUUCAUCCAUCGAGACGUCAAACCCGACAACAUGCUGCUCGACCGACUUGGACACCUUAAGCUGGCCGACUUUGGAACAUGCAUGAAGAUGGACCAUACUGGCAUGGUGCACUGUGAUACAGCAGUUGGGACUCCAGACUACAUCUCUCCAGAGGUGCUGAAAUCUCAGGGAGGAGACGGCUAUUAUGGAAGGGAGUGUGACUGGUGGUCGGUAGGGGUCUUCAUCUUUGAGAUGCUUGUCGGUGACACACCGUUCUAUGCCGACUCUCUGGUGGGAACGUACAGUAAGAUCAUGGACCAUAAAAACUCCCUCAACUUCCCUGAUGACGUGGACAUCUCCAAAGAUGCCAAGAACAUCAUCUGUGCCUUCCUGACUGACAGGGAGGUGCGAUUGGGCAGAAACGGUGUGGAGGAAAUCAAGCGACACCCUUUCUUCAAGAACGACCAGUGGACCUUUGACACCAUCAGAGAAACUGUUGCCCCCGUCGUCCCUGAGCUGAGCAGCGACAUCGACACCAGUAACUUCGACGAGAUUGAAGAUGACAAAGGCGAUGUGGAAACCUUCCCAACACCGAAGGCCUUUGUAGGAAACCAGUUACCCUUUGUUGGCUUUACCUACUUCAAAGAAGACCAGUUACUUACUGCUUCCAACAAUACCUCUGUGGCUCAUGAGAAUUCAAAAGGAGAGUCGGCAGCACUGCAGAAGAAACUGCGCCUCCUGGAGGUUCAGAUGAACAACGAGAAGCAGGUCAAAGAUGAGAUUGAGCACAAAUACAGAGCUGCCACAUGCAGGCUAGACAAAAUCUGCAAGGAACUUGAAGAUGAGGUGAGCAGCAGGAAGAGUCUGGAGUCGAGUCUGAGGCAGCUGGAGAGGGAGAAAGCUCUGCUGCAGCACAAAAGCCUGGACAGCCACCGCAAGGCCGAGAGCGAGGCCGACAGGAAGCGCUGCCUGGAGAACGAAGUCAACAGCCUUCGAGAUCAGCUGGACGACAUGAAGAAAAGAAACCAGAAUUCACACAUUUCCAAUGAGAAAAACAUUCACCUGCAGAAACAGCUGGAAGAAGCCAACACACUGCUGCGGGCCGAGUCCGAGGCAGCGACGAGGCUCCGUAAAACGCAGACGGACAGCAGCAAGCAGCUGCAGCAGCUGGAGGCCAACGUGCGCGAGCUGCAGGACAAAUGCUGCCUGCUGGAGCGCAGCAAGCUGAGCCUCGAGAAGGAGUGCAUCAGCAUGCAGGCGGCGCUGGAGACGGAGAGGCGGGAGCAAAGCCAGGGCUCGGAGACCAUCAGCGACCUGAUGGGACGAAUCUCUAGCCUGGAGGAGGAGGCCCGUCAGCAGAGACAUGUUCUGUCCAAGGCUGAGAGUGAGAAGAGACAACUUCAGGAAAAGCAUACAGAUAUGGAGAAGGAGAUGAGCAACAAGGAGAUCGACUUGACCUACAAGCUGAAGGUGCUGCAGCAGGAGCUGGAGCAGGAGGAGGCCUCUCACAAGGCCACCAGGGCCCUGCUGGCAGACAAGAGCAAGAUCAAAGUGACUAUCGAGGGCGCCAAGUCAGAGUCAAUGAAGGAGAUGGAGCAGAAGCUGGCGGAGGAGCGAGCAGCCAAACUGCGGCUGGAGAACCGAAUCCUGGAUUUGGAGAAACACAGCAGCAUGAUGGACUGUGACUACAAACAGGCGCUGCAGAAACUAGACGAGCUGCGGAGGCACAAGGACCGACUCACUGAGGAGGUGAAGAACCUGACGCUGAAGAUCGAGCAAGAGACCCAGAAACGUAGUCUGACUCAGAAUGACCUGAAGGCUCAGAACCAGCAGCUCAGUUCUCUGCGAACCUCCGAGAAGCAGCUCAAGCAGGAGACGAAUCACCUCCUGGACAUAAAACGCAGCCUGGAGAAACAGAACCAAGAGCUGCGCAAAGAAAGACAAGACACCGACGGGCAGAUGAAGGAGUUACAGGACCAGCUGGAGGCUGAGCAGUAUUUCUCUUAUUUCAUUAGUAGCUUUUUUAAUCCUCUUAUUUCUUCCUUUCUUCCUCUCAGGGAAUCAUUGGCAGCUCAGCUGGAGAUCACGCUGACAAAGGCGGACUCAGAGCAGCUGGCACGCUCCAUCGCUGAGGAGCAGUACUCAGACCUGGAGAAGGAGAAGAUAAUGAAGGAGCUGGAACUGAAGGAGAUGAUGGCCCGUCAUCGUCAGGAGCUCAACGACAAGGACAUCACCAUCAAUUCUCUGGAGGAGGCCAACAGAACCCUGACCAGUGACGUCGCAAACCUGGCCAAUGAGAAGGAGGAGCUGAACAACAAACUGAAGGAAGCAACUGAAGAAUCAGAGAAGUCGAAGGACGUGGAGCAGCAGAUCAACCAGAUGAAGCAGGUGUUUGAGAAGCAGCUACAGUCAGAGAGGACGCUGAAAACUCAGGCCGUCAACAAGCUGGCAGAGAUCAUGAACAGGAAGGAGGUCCGCGGUGGAGGCAGUCGCCGUGGUAACGACACCGACAUGCGACGUAAGGAGAAGGAGAACAGGAAGCUGCAGUUGGAGCUGAGGUCGGAGAAGGAGAAACUCAACAGCUCCAUCAUCAAAUACCAGAGAGAGAUCAACGAGAUGCAGGCGCAACUGGCUGAUGAGAGCCAGAUGCGCAUCGAGCUGCAGAUGGCUCUGGACAGUAAGGACAGUGACAUCGAGCAGCUGAGGAACCACCUGCAGACUCUCAGCGUUCAGUCCAUGGACUCCAUGGCCAGCGGAGGCAGCGGGCCGGAGUUUGAUACUGAUGAUGCCCUCACAGCUGAAACCCGGCUGGAGGGCUGGCUCUCUCUCCCUGUGAGAAACAACACCAAGAAGUUUGGAUGGGAGAAAAAGUAUGUUGUUGUGAGCAGCAAGAAGAUUCUCUUCUACAACAGCGAGCAGGACAAAGAGCAGUCCAUUCCCUACAUGGUGCUGGAUAUAGACAAACUGUUCCAUGUGAGGCCUGUUACUCAAACAGAUGUGUACCGCGCCGACGCAAAAGAGAUUCCCAGGAUAUUCCAGAUUCUUUAUGCCAACGAAGGCGAGUGCAAGAAGGAGGCCGAGUUUCCUGAGGCGCUGGCCAUAGGCGAGAAAUCGAGCUACAUCUGCCACAAGGGCCACGAGUUCAUCCCCACCCUCUACCAUUUCCCCACCAACUGUGAGGCGUGCACCAAGCCGCUGUGGAACAUGUUCAAGCCCCCGCCCGCUCUGGAGUGUCGGCGCUGCCACAUCAAGUGCCACAAAGACCACAUGGACAAGAAGGAGGAGAUCAUCGCUCCAUGCAAGGUGAAUUACGACGUCUCCACGGCCAAGAACCUGCUGCUGCUGGCUCUAUCUCAGGAGGAGCAGCAGAAGUGGGUGAGCCGACUGGUCAAGAAGAUCCCCAAGAAGCCUCCGCCGCCAGAGCUCUUUGCACGCUCCUCGCCUCGAGCCUCCAUGAAGGUGCAGCCCAGCCAGUCCAUGAGGAGGCCCAGUCGACAGCUCCCUACCAGCAAGAGCAGUUAACCUUGCUGGGGAGUGUGGUGCAUCGUCGAGGAGGCGUUGGUUGUCGGGGGGAUGUUUCCUCCUCAUUCAAAGACAGUAUACAAAGCUCUGUUUGCAGAUCAGCACACUGAACUCCACAUUGCUUUCCCCCACACAACCCCCCACCCACCCUGUCGUGCUGCAGUCUGUGAGAGUUACAAAAUGUGUUUAUAUCCCCUUCAGUCGACCUCCCCUCCCAGCUAUCAAACUCACCUACAGUCUCUUCAACCAGCUGGAUGACUUGUAAGCUUAUUAGCCCGAGUCUUCUCUUGGGCCCUUGACUAAAGCAAUUAUGUGUCUCUGUGGAUCUGGAGUAGAUCGUUCCCCGCUCGCACGGAGCAGAAGAGGAAGAGCUCUUAUGAACCCGACCAGGGCUGGCAGGAAGGGGAUACACUUACCUCAACACUUCUCACCAAGACUCUCUGACUGAAGGACCCAACAUGAACACUCUUCCUCACACUUUGGGGGGAUUCUUGUGGCCAAAUAAACAAAGACAUUUUGUGUGUUUUAAUACUUGUGACCAGUAUGAAGGGUUUAUUAGGGGAACACUACAUUCGAAGAUAGUACAUUUGUUUGCGCUUUUAGCUGAAUGCAGCUGAUGUUGAUAUCUGAAACUUACCCAGACUUUUAAACGUAUUGAUUGUAGCUUCUUGCUUAGAAAACUUCUGCUUUCAGAUGUGCAACUACAUGGGUCACAGAAACCUGAAUUUAGGUACUGAAGCGAAACGAGCUGCGAAUUCUCGGGAAAAGUCAGCAGGGUGGAAGAGUGUCAGGUUCCUCCAGGAUUUGAGCAAAUAAAGCCUCCAGUGCCUCUUAUUCAGAUUUCUGACUCAGGCACGCUCUGAAUCAUCGGUUCACCGUCGUAUGCAGAAUAAAAAUGUUUUUUACAAGUGAACAGAACUCUGCUCUGAACGGCAUUAGAUGACAUGAGAUCCCCCCCCCCCCAAUCCCAUGAUCUUUCAAACCUGCACUGUCAGAUACGAGGGUUAAUGUUUACCGAAUUCAAGGGGUGCACCGUUAAUGCUUUUCUGAUCCGAGCUCUGCUCCUUUUUGUUUGUUUGAAUGUACAUCUGGGCUUUACCAGAGACGACACACAGGCAUUGUAUUAUUCUAUCCAAAUAUACUUGACUGAAGCCCCCCUUUAAAUCACCAACUUACUCUGAGUGAGCUUGCAUGUGUUUGCCUUUUCAGGCCUCACACUUCAGUGCUGUUAGCUGUUAGGGUCCUCUCCCUUUUCCAAGUUUGAGUCAUUCCUGACGAUGAAAUGAGGGCAAUUGAACCAAGAAUAAGAAGCAGAGACGAUGAAGGUAUGCAAUCAUAGCCCAUAAAUCGAUAUACUGAGCAGCACUAUUCCAUUGAGCGUUUUUUCUAAAAGUGUUUGUCCUGAUAUUUUUGUAUUAAAAAGGAACCAGACUGCGUUUGGGCACAUGGUUGUGUGUAUGAGGCUCAUAUAGCAGGAGGAGAGUAACUGUGUGAACGUGUGUGUGUGUGUGUGUCUGUGUUUGUAAGUGUGUGUGUGUACUGAGUGCUCUCCUUUAACCAAGAAGCAUGUUUUAUACAUAUAAUAUACACAGUAUAUAUUUUACAUGCCAUACAGUGCACAUUAUAUUAUUUAUACAGCCUUGUCCACUUUGUAUUUAAGGGCUUUACAUCCAGAUUGCAUGUUUGCUACCAAACAGCUCUAUGAUUAUAACUACUUCAACAAUAAAGACAUGGAUGUGC